AUGGAGAUGUCGGCCUCAUCCCCUGCCACGGAGAAGAAAGACGGCAAAAGUGGGAGCCUGGAGGGCAACAGCUUUCCUGACCUGGGCAAGAAGUCCUCUCCGCUAGCUGUGGCUGCAGCAGCAGCUGCAGCAGCUGCCCAAGGAGUGCCACAGCACCUCGUGCCACCGUUCCAUGUUCCCUUACCGAUUGACAUGCAACACCAGGAGGGAAGGUAUCAUCACUACGAGCCUCACUCUGUCCACAGUGUGCACGGGCCUCCUACCCUGACCAGCAGUCCUGUCAUCUCCGACAUCUCCUUGAUCCGACUUUCCCCACACCCUGCUGGCCCUGGGGAGUCCCCCUUCAGUGCCCCCCACCCGUAUGUGAACCCUCACAUGGAGCACUACCUCCGUUCUGUGCACAGCAGCCCCACACUCUCCAUGAUCUCUGCUGCCCGGGGUCUCAGCCCCGGUGACGUGGCACACGAGCACCUUAAGGAGAGGGGAUUGUUUGGCCUGCCCCCAGCAGGCACCAACCCUUCUGACUAUUACCACCAGAUGGCUCUCAUGGCAGGCCACCCCACACCCUAUGGGGACCUGCUAAUGCAGAGUGGGGGAGCCACAGGUGCACCUCAUCUCCAUGACUACCUCACCCCGGUGGACGUGUCCCGCUUCUCCAGCCCACGGGUUACGCCCCGACUGAGCCGCAAGCGGGCGCUGUCCAUCUCGCCACUGUCCGAUGCCAGCCUGGACCUGCAGCGGAUGAUCCGGACUUCACCCAAUUCACUGGUGGCCUACAUCAACAACUCCCGCAGCAGCUCAGCAGCCAGUGGCUCCUACGGGCACCUAUCAGCAGGUGCCCUCAGCCCAGCCUUCACCUUUCCCCACCCCAUCAACCCCGUGGCCUACCAACAGAUCCUGAGUCAGCAGAGGGGCCUGGGCUCGGCCUUUGGACACACGCCACCCCUGAUCCAGCCCUCGCCCACUUUCCUGGCCCAACAGCCCAUGGCCCUUACCUCCAUCAAUGCCACACCCACCCAGCUCAGCAGCAACAGCAACUGUCUGAGUGACACCAACCAGAACAAGCAGAGCAGUGAGUCGGCUGUGAGCAGCACUGUCAACCCCAUCGUCAUCCACAAGCGCAGUAAGGUCAAGACAGAAGCUGAGGGCUUGAGGCCCACCUCCCCACUGACGCUGACACAGGGCCAGAUGGCUGAACAUGGCUCACAGGGGUGUGCUCUCUUCCCCCAGGAGCAGCUGGCUGACCUCAAGGAAGACCUGGACAGGGAUGACUGUAAGCAAGAGCCUGAGGUGGUCAUCUAUGAGACCAGCUGUCACUGGGAAGACUGCACCAAGGAGUAUGACACUCAGGAGCAGCUGGUGCAUCACAUCAACAACGAUCACAUUCAUGGGGAGAAGAAGGAGUUUGUGUGCCGAUGGCAGUCCUGCACACGGGAACAGAAGCCCUUCAAGGCACAGUACAUGCUGGUGGUGCACAUGCGCCGGCACACAGGCGAAAAGCCCCACAAGUGCACGUUCGAGGGCUGCUCCAAGGCCUACUCUCGCCUGGAGAACCUGAAGACACACCUGCGGUCCCACACUGGGGAGAAGCCAUACGUGUGUGAGCACGAGGGCUGCAACAAGGCCUUUUCCAAUGCCUCCGACCGCGCCAAGCAUCAGAACCGCACCCACUCCAAUGAGAAACCCUACAUCUGCAAGAUCCCAGGCUGCACCAAGAGAUACACGGACCCUAGCUCACUUCGGAAGCAUGUGAAAACAGUACAUGGCCCAGACGCUCACGUCACCAAAAAGCAGCGAAAUGAUGUACACCUCCGUGCCCCACUGCUCAAGGAGAAUGGAGACAAUGAGGCCAGUGCAAAGACAGGCAGACGGGGCCCUGAGGAGAAUACUGAAGCCACCAACACCAGCCAGGCCGUGGAGGACUGCUUGCACAUCAAAGCCAUCAAGACCGAGAGCUCCGUGCUGUGUCAGUCCAGCCCCGGGGCCCAGUCAUCUUGCAGCAGUGAGCCCUCUCCUUUGGGCAAUGCCCCCAACAAUGACAGCAGUGUGGAGAUGCCAGGGACGGGGCCUGGGAGCCUGGGAGACAUGACAGCACUGGAUGAUAUGCCCCCAGGGGCCAAUGCCCCAGCCCUGGCUGCCCCUUCAGCUGGUGGUCUGCAGCUGCGCAAACAUAUGACCGCCAUGCACCGGCUUGAGCAGCUCAAGAAGGAGAAGCUGAAGUCGCUCAAGGAUUCCUGCUCAUGGGCCGGGCCAGCUCCACACACCCAGACCACCAAGCUGCCUCCCCUCCCAGGAAGUGGCGCCAUCCUAGAAAACUUAAGCAGCGGUGGGCCAGCAGGGCUGCUGCCCAACCCGCGGCUUUCCGAGCUGCCUGGGAGUGAGGUGACCAUGCUCAGCCAGCUGCAGGAGCGCCGAGACAGCUCCACCAGCACGGUCAGCUCGGCCUACACCGUAAGCCGCCGCUCCUCCGGCAUCUCCCCAUACUUCUCCAGCCGCCGCUCCAGCGAAGCCUCACCCCUGGGCCCCGGCCGCACCCACAACGCCAGCUCUGCCGACUCCUAUGACCCUAUCUCUACCGAUGCGUCCCGGCGCUCCAGCGAGGCCAGCCAGUGUAGUGGCAGCAGCUCGGGACCACUGCACCUUACUCCAGCGCAGCAGUACAGCCUACGGGCUAAGUACGCAGCUGCCACCGGUGGGCCUCCGCCCACACCCCUGCCCUGCCUAGAGCGCAUGAGCCUGCGCACCCGGCUGGCGUUGCUCGAUUCGCCCGCGCUGGAACCUACGCUACUGCCGCCAUGCCCACGGGCCCUGGGUCCGCGGCGCGGCAGCGACGGCCCGGCCCCUGGCUGUCCUGGGCCGGCGCCUGCCUUCGCCCAUGAUGUGCUGGGCCACGGCGCUCGGCGGGCCAGCGACCCAGUGCGGCGGCCAGAGCUCACAGCUCUCCCGCGGGUGCAGCGCUUCCACAGCGCCAGCAACGUGAACCCGGGCGCGCUGCUGCAGUGCGCUGAGCGCCGUGCCUUUGGCCUGCAGUCCUAUCAGCGUCCGGAUGGUGGAAAACUUCAGCGGAUGGUGGAAAACUCACCACGCCCCCCCAGCAUCAGCGAGAACGUUGUGAUGGAGGCUCUGGCAGCGGAGGUGGACGGCACGGGGCCGGAGGACGACUUCGUGCUGCCCGAUGAUGUGGUGCAGUAUCUUAAGGCUAGUGCAAGCGGCACCCUGGAGGAGAGUGGCCCACAGGUCUAUCCCGCCGAAAGCACCGGCUUCUCGGAGAACCCCAAGCUGCCCAGUCCGGGAUUACACAGCCAGCGUAGAAUGGUGGUGGCAGGCUCCAACAUUAGCCCCUCUGCUCCCGUGCUGGGAGGGUGCCAACUGGGCUAUGGGGCACCUGUGAGCCUGAACAAAAGCAACAUGCCUGUGCAAUGGAACGAGGUGAGCUCAGGCACCAUGGACGUCUUGGCUAGCCAGAUGAAGCCUCUGCCCUUUCCACAGGGCAAUUUGGUUGUGGUGCCACAGAAACAGGCCCUUGGCCAGUACCCAAGCUACAGUCAACAGGGGCUGCAGUCUAGCCCAGGGGUUCUGGACAGCAUGCAGCCACACCUGCAGCCCCACUCUGGAUCCAGGGUAAGCUAUAUGCAGCAGCUUCGCCAGCCAUCCAUAGGUGGCCAGUGCCCCAGCAUGACCACUGCAGCAAGCCCCCACUCCAACUAUGGCCAAGCUCACUCCCAGCUGAGCCCCAGCACCAUGGGAGGAGCCCUGAACCAGUUCUCUCCAUCCUGUAGCAACAUGUCAGCCAAGCCAGGCCACCUGGUGCUCCCUCAGCAAAGAGACAUUGCUGCAGAGCCAGCCAUGAUAGGUAGCAGCCACAGAGAACUUGGGGUCCCCAAUUCCACCCUGGCUGUAGCAUCCCCAUCUUUCCCAUCCCAGAACUACCCACAGCAGAGCCAUCACCUGGCAGCCACUGUGAGCCAGGAGGGCUACCACCAGGGACCCAGCCUUCUACCUUCCCACCAGCCUGGCUUUAUGGAGCCCCAGCAGGGUAUGAUGGGGGCAACUGCAUCAAGCUUUGGCCUAGUACAGCCCCGGCCACCCCCUGAUCCUAGCCCUGCCAGCCGCCACCGUGGGGUGCGUGCUGGGCAGCAGCUGGCCUAUGCCAGGGCCACUGACCAUGCCAUGACUGCUGGAGUGGCCAGUCAGGAGACAACAGAGGCCAUGCCCAAGGGAGCAAUGGGCACUAUGGUGCCUCUACCCCAACAGCCACCCCAACAGGACACAGACGGAGCCCAGGACCACAGCCUGCUUUACUACUAUGGCCAGAUCCACAUGUAUGAGCAGAAUGGAGGCAUGGGGAGCCAUGUGGACUGCCAGGUCAUGCAGACUCAAGCCUGCCCAGACAGCAUGAAGCCCCAAUCCUUGCCCUCGCCAGGGGUCAACCAGGUGUCCAGCACCGUGGAUUCCCAACUCCUGGAGGCCCCCCAGAUUGAUUUUGAUGCCAUUAUGGAUGAUGGCGAUCACUCAAGCUUGCUCUCGGAUGCCCUAAGUCCCAGCCUCCUCCACAGUCUCUCCCAGAAUUCCUCCCGUCUCACCACCCCCCGGAACUCCCUGACCCUCCCCACCAUCCCCACAGGUAUCAGCAACAUGGCUGUUGGAGACAUGAGCUCCAUGCUCACCAGCCUAGCUGAGGAGAGCAAAUUCCUGAACAUGAUGACCUAA